AGAGAAGCCAUAUCCCAUUUGGCCAUGGCCACGGCCAUGAGAGCUCUACUUCUUCUCCCUCAGUCUCCUCUCAUACAGAAACUUCCACCCACUACUUCCUCCCUCACUUUCCAUUCUCCAAAAUGUUCGCUCCUCAGCUUCCCAUCUCUCAAUGCGAAACCACUGUAUCCCCUGACAAGACAGAGAAACGAUUUCCGUGUUAGGGCCGACGAAGGCGACGCCGACGGCGGCGACGACGACUACGACCCUGAUGAAGAAGAAGUAGAAGAAGUCGACAACAAGAAGGACUACGACGUCGAGUACGACCACCUCCUCGGCGGUGCCGCCGUUGUCUCCACCACUGAGAGCAAUGUCGGCGAUGAUAUAGAGAUGGUGCAGAGUAAGAGCUUUGUUUCCAUUCAGGGUUGGGACUCGGAUAAGGUGGUGGAUUAUAGGAUUAAUGAGGAUGAGUUCCAUAAGAUCAGCUUGUUUGACUGUGAUUUCUUUAUCAGGAAGCCGCCUGAUCCUGACAACGAUGUCUAUGAUUUCAGAGAGAUGUACGUUACACCUCCGGACACUGAUAUUUAUGCUAUACCCAAAGUUCUAGCUCCGAUUCCUCAGAAGUAUAUUAGAUGUUCAAAAAGUGAUUAUGGAUGCUACAAUGUUACGGAGCCACCAAUUGAUGCACCCCGAGAUCCGCUAUACAAAAGUGAGAGGGAAGUUAUGAAGGUUUUCUUGACAAAGCACUACAGAAACAGAAGAUCUGGUGAUCCAGAAUUUGUAUUAGAUUUUGAGGAGAUCUAUGUCAUUGAUUCAAAAACUAAGUCAAUUACCAGAGCAAAAGUUUUGGUUACUGUUCCAGCAGGAAGAAAUAGGGAUAGAAAGCGGGACUUGCUUAUCAUUCGUGAUAAUGGGAACUCCUUCAAAAUAGUUGAUCUGAGUGAAAGAGAUGAUCCCACUACUGUCAUUGAGAGGGAAGAAUGGAUUAAAACAAGACAAGACAUGGAGAGACACCUCAGAAAGUUGAGGGACUUCAGUAAAUCGAAUUGGUUCUAAACAAUUGGUACUGGUAAUUGAAGUUCUCUUUAAGAAACGUGCAACGUACUAACUAUAGAUGUUCUUGCUUCAGCUACAGAGAUGCCUUAAGCAUAGACAGACGCACAUAUGACUGUUAGAAGGUGAGGUUCGCCAAUGUGCAUCACCAAAGGCCUGGUUUCCAUUUUUGGUCUCCCCACUAGAAGGAUGGAAGGGGUUUCUCCAACCUUGGCCCUUAGAUUUAUUUUUUUUCUUCUGCUACUCUAAUCAGCAGCUGCUAUUUCAAUGGUGUUAUUUUGUGGCUGGAUCGAUGAUUC